CCGCGACAAUGCCGCUCUCUUGAUAUUAUAAACGUCACACAUCGGGCAUGGUAAUACCAAUCCUUACCUUACCGGAUCACGUGCCAGUGAGUGUGCAAGAAUUCGAAGGAAAAAGAAAAGUGUCUGGUGUCUUAAUAGUGUCGCGGCCUUGAGUCAUUACAUUCACUGGACGUUAUACCAUCCGAUUGUUCGAAAGUCAACCGCAUUAACUCAUCUUUAUCUCACAGCAUCAACUGGACUGAUUCAUUUUUCAACUCUCUUCUCGGACACAUCUUCGGGUAUUGUGAAAGUAAAACAGACCAAGUAUCGAAAAGUUCCAAAUGUUAAAUCCUGGAAUUGAUCCUGGCAUAAAGUGGGAUUGGAGACAAUUGGGAUUUUCGAAUAGUGACCCUAGAGUAUAGGACAAUAAGAAUUUCCAGGGGUCACUGCUUGCCAAAAAUCUCAGCUUUAAAUGUAUCCUGAGCUCUAAAAUCGAUUGGAGCCAAGAAACUGAAACCGAGCUGUGAACUAUGUCAUGACCAGCACCGACCCGACCUCAUUUCGCACUGAAAGCGACGAAAAAGAUGAUCGUCGCACCAGCUUGUCUCCCAAACCCAGACCAACAAAUUUCGGAAACUCAAAAUCAGCUUUUGAGUCGCUGGCCCUCGACGUCUCUUUUUCCGGACUUGCAAGUACUUCGACUCCAAAUGCCCCCAGGACUUCCAGAACUCGUUUUGAAAGUCAAGAGUCGGAGGAAAGAGACCCUGAGCUCUGGGAGGACAUUGGGGUUGUUGAGUAUCUGGAGCGAGGACUCAGUCCUCGGGAUGAAAGCACGCCAGAGGAUCGGGAGGAAACCCUCAGACAAGUUUUGUCUGAGACAGAUAUUCACGAAGGAGAUGGGGACCUCUCGGAUUUUUUAUUCCACGUAGCGAGAACCAAACAUGGCAGAAUCUACAUCAGGGUCAUUCGUACACUGCUCUUAAAUCGAGGUAGGCUUCCAGUUCCGCUAGUGAUGAGCAAUUAUGGUCCUCAAUUACUCGCCAUCUUACUCAAUUUGUUCUUCUUUAUUUACAAUUUGUCCCCUUGA